CAAUGGAAGGUUUUUUUGGGAAGGGGGGAAAGAAUUCUGUUUCUAGCCUCUUUGAAACAGCUGCAUGUGGAGCUGCAGAGAUAGCAAGCACCGUGGCUAUGAAUCACCCAUCUGUCCAGUGGAUUUGUCACCCUUGCUCAAGACCUGCAGGGCACAGCAGCAUUUCUCAAAAGCAUCCCUUAAGAUUGGGCCACUCUGCUGCAGCAGGAGCAGCAUCCACACCAGAAUGAGCUAAGGACUGCUUCCUUGGCACUCUUCUCUUUGUGCCAAACCUGCGGCUCUUUCCCUGACCCCUUCAGAGCCUGCUUCGGCCAGGGUCAGGAUGGCUGGUACACUUCGGCUUAAAUCUGGAUCAGCUCAGGUAGCGAUGCAAGCAGACAACCGUGAUGCUCCUGUCCAGACCGGUAGAUAGAUAAUCCUGUGUUAGCAGCAGCAGCUGGAACGCGUGAAAGGGAUCGCCGCCAUCCGUGACCCCCCCGUUCCGGGUUCCCAAGGGGCAGCAGCGGAGAUGCAAAUCCCUCCAGCUCAGCCCUCCGCUUUGGAGAGACCAUUUCAUACCUGACCAUCUUCCUUCUGACUCCGCAGCAGGAAGAUUUUUCACCUUGACUCCUGUCUGCAGUCUUCACUCUCCAACCUCACAAGGUUGUCCACUGUGCCGAUCACAUUUGACUUGCAAGGCAGGUGAGGAGGAGGAGGAGGAGAAGCACCUCCCCCCUUGGCUCUCUCUCCAGACUGGCCCAAGGCAUUCCGCACAGGUAUGGGCAUUUUGAAGGAGGAAGGCAAAGGAUCCCAGCGCAUCAGAGGAUCCGCAGGCACAAGGCGGACAGAAAGGGCAUCUCCCUCUCUCCCUCCAUGAGCCAGUGUGCGGAGGAGGCCGUUUUCCUGAUGAGAAGCCAGCAAGUGAGCUGGCAACAUCCAACUCUCUUCUCUGCUGGCAUAUUCCCAGUCUGAUCAGGCCUCAGGUUUGAGAUCUGAAGAGGACCACACCUUGACCUAUCCAUUGGUUGGAUGAAGGGAUCGGGCAGGCAUGGGCUGAAGGAUCUCAGCCAGCAGAGAGGAUGACAGCUUGCUCCAGCAAGAAUCAGGGCUAAACCUAGAUCUUAUGUACUGACCUGAGACAUUUGGAUGCCUCCCUCCAUCCCAUGUACAAAAUCUGGCCCGACUGGCUCAAUGUUGGUGAGGAUGUGAAAGAUGGCUGAGAGCUCUCAAAUUGCUGCUGGUCCUUUUGCGGCAAAGUCUUCUCCCCGACCAUAUCUUCAGCAGGAUGGUGGGCUUACUGGUUCCCAGCAUUUAGUCAAUCACCUCGCUGGUUCCGGCAAAGAAGAGGACUGGGAAGAUGAAGAUGGGAAUGAACUGAUAUUUGCCUUAGACGAUGAGGAAGAUGUAUCUCCUGACUCAGCUGACCUUUUUUCUCCAUGUGAAGAAAUCGGGAAACAGGAAGUCCCCCAAGCAGAGUCCAUGUUCCUUAUGCCAUCCCCUCUCCCCUCUCCUCCUGAAUCAGAUUUCUUGCCUGCCCUCCCCAUCUCUAAUUCACCCAGCUUCCCACCCCAGAGGUGUGCCGGCCUCAUAAACCCUCAAGGCCCCAAACCAUUCCUCAACUUGGUGAAAUCCCUGUCAACUGAAAUUGAACCCCGGGACGGUUCUUCCCUGAAGCCCCAGCCGCUGUUGAGUUUGGUCAAAUCCAUUUCCACGGAGAUUUCCCGGCUGGAGCCAGAGGUGACACAGUCCAAGUCUGAUUCUAAGCUCAACGUCCACCUGUGGCGGCAGAUCACCCAGCCGAAGGGCAAAAAUGGGGAUUCCAGGACAGCCCCUUCCUCUCCCAACAUUUCCCCCUCAGAGAGCAAAAGCAGUUUCCUCAAGGCCCAGGAGGCCAAAUUUGAGGACACCAAAAGGCGGUUUUCAGAGGCCAUGCAUGAACCCCUUAGUCGGCUCAGCAAAAUAAUUGGGGAAGAGAAUAACCUCUCACCAAAACACAAAUCCCCCCUUUCUGGCCGCCACGUCCACGAUUUGCCAUCUAGCCACAGCAAGGAGGCCAUCUUGGAAGCCAAGGCAGAAUGCCCCAGUGAGACUGAUCCGCAUGGGGCUGUUUCAGGCCAGCCAUCUGGAAGGAGGCAAGCUGAGGAAUAUUUCCCCACUGAGCAGAAGUGGGGACCCUCCUUGAACUGCCAAUAUGAAAUCUGCUCCUACGGAGAUGUCAUCCAGGUGGCAGACAUAGCUCAGGACGAGAGUGGAGAUGCAGAGGAAGUGCGGACGUUUCAGCCUCUGGACACCCUCCGCCCCGCCAAGCCUUGCAGCAGAGUGCCGUGUAAAGCCCUUGCCUGCAUCGCAAUCUUGGCCUACAACUAUUUUGUCCUGCCGCUUCCUGCUUUCCUCUCGGGCCUCUGCCUUGGCAUGGCUUGUGGGUUCAUGAUGGGCUUCCUGAUCAUUCUUCUGCUGGUGCCAAAGCAGGGCCUGUCUCCACGGAAAAGGCAGACACCUCAGGACAAGCUGCCGCCUGAGAUGCUACAUCAGCAGCCUCGGGAACCCAACAUGCUUAAGGGAUGGAUGAAUGAAAUGUAUUUCUACGAUCCUGAGAUCUACCACCCAUCGCUUACCCAUUCUGUGUUCGUGUCCUUGGAGGAUGCCAGUAUGAAGCUCUCCUACCCCAAGAACAACAUCUCUCGGCGAGCCACCUUUGAGGAAGAGAUCUGCGAGGUGGCUUUUGUGAGUCACCGCCAUUACAAAAUGAGCGGUGCAAAGAUCUUUCUCUCCCCACCUGGGCUGGCCCGCAAGCGGAUGUGGAACAAGAAAUACCCCAUCUGCAUUCUCUUCCCUGAGCAAGAUGACUUCACUUGCAAAGGGUCCAGUGAGCAUGACGUGGACCACGGAAGAGAGAAGACUGCGACGAGGAGGCAGGCACCAGCCCAGGAGACCCCUCCCAGACAUCCGGCUGAGCCUCAGGAAAGGACUCUUUACCUCUUUGGCAGAACGGGAAGGGAUAAAGAGGAAUGGUUUCAGCAUCUUGUGAGGGCCUCCCAAGCCGAAGGUUGUGAGCCAUGCAAUGCCAAUGCAGGUUUAAACCAGCUUGGCCCAUCAGGGAAGGGGACAUGCAGCAACAGCCAGGACAGCACAGAAGAUCUCCAUUCUCUGGUCAAGUCCACGGACCUUGUCGCAAAUGUCCGAGAGAAGCUCCUCUUGGAUUAUAACACGUACAUGUCCCGGAUAGUCCCGACGCCGAACAGCUGCAGCCCACCCGAGAGCCCCUGCCACAGCACAACAGGCAGCCCAAAGCCAAAAAAGUUCCUCGGAGGUGCAGACGUCGCCAGCGGAACACACACGGCUUGGGCCAAUGCAGUCCUUGGGCGAAUGUUUUGGGACUUCCUGCAGGAAAAAUAUUGGGCAGACCAAGUUUCAAACAAGAUUCAGAAGAAAUUGGGCAGAAUCAAGUUGCCGUACUUCAUGAAUGAGCUCACACUCACCGAACUGGACAUGGGGGCAUCAGUCCCACACAUCCUUAGUGCAUCAAACCCAACCAUCGAUCGCCAAGGGCUUUGGGUUGACAUGGAAGUGACCUACAAUGGAUCCCUGCAGAUGACCCUGGAGACAAAGAUGAACUUGUACAAACUCGGCAAAGAAGCCCUGGGGGAAGAGAAUGGAAAAGCUGACAAUGGCAGGGAAGGCGCAAAGCCCCUUGUAGUCCUCCUGGCUGACAGCGACGCAGAGUCCUCCAGCGCCGGCUCUUCUGAUGAGGAUGACAUGCCCACUAUGGAGCCCUCAGGGACCCCCGGAGAAAGGAACACCCCUCCCGGGACUGAAGGCCACGUCAGUGGCAACAGCACCAGCCGGAAGAUCCUGCGCUUCGUGGACAAGAUUGCCAAGUCCAAAUACUUCCAGAAGGCCACAGAGAAUGAGUUCAUUAAGAAGAAGAUUGAGGAGGUCUCCAACACCCCCUUGCUGUUGACCGUGGAGGUCCAAGAACUGACAGGAACAUUGGCUGUGAACAUCCCCCCGCCCCCGACAGAUCGGAUCUGGUACAGUUUCCGGAUUCCACCCCAGCUGGAUUUGAAAGUCCGUCCAAAACUGGGGGAGCGGGAGGUCACCUUCAUCCACGUCACGGAAUGGAUUGAGAAGAAGCUUCAGCACGAGUUCCAGAAAGUUUUAGUGAUGCCAAAUAUGGAUGAUCUCAUCUUACCCCUUAUGCAUUCUGGUUUGGAAUCCCAGCUGCCCACGGAAGGACCCCAGAAGGAUUUCCAAGAAGAGGGCGCAAAGAAAUUUUGAGGAGCUGCCCACAGGGUGGACAGCUCAAAGAUGCUUGAUGGCAUCCUCCAAGAUUGGACCUGAUUCUUUCAUUGCCAGACUGAGAACCCAGUGUCACAAACAUUGCUGGUCGCAUUUCCGCUGGCCCGCCUCUUCAGCUUGUUCACAGGCUCUCUAAGGCAAAGGAGUUCCCCCUCCUCCCCUGAUAUUUCACAGCACAGGAUGCAUUUCUCAAAGAGGAGGUAUUCCGGGCAGGUGAAUCACAUCCUUCUCACCCAAAGGCACCAGAUUCUUACCAGUGCAAGCAGGGACUUCUGCAGUGCUGUUAAAACCACUGCCAAGAAGAAAGUGGGGAAGAUUCCAAGCCCACUUUUGCCUACAUCCUGCCUUUGCAAACAACAGCCAUAUGAAGCACCAUUUAAAUGCUAGAAAAGGAAGGAAGGAAAUAAACUCUUUCUGCGAGUAGUCUGAAGUCCUCCCAUUUCCACCCAGCCUUGCAGUGUUGGGGGGGAGACGGGCCCCAAACCUUGAAUGUUGAGCCACCAAGCGUUGCCUCUCUCCCGGCUGCUACUCCCAGCCUGAGGAAGAUUGUCAAAGUUAACCUCAGCGGUGACUGCAGGUUGACGCCGAGUGAGAAUAUAUUACAUGAUUAAAAGAGACAAUUCAGGGCAAAUCACAGAUUUUGAGAUUUUCAUUGGCAAAAAAACAAUGUGGGAGAAAAGAUUAACUUCCCCCUACCCACCAUGCCACGGUCCUGAUCCAGACCAUCACCCUCCCCUUUGGCAGGUGGCUGCUGUUUGGAAAGAAAGGGGGCUGGUGCUGACUCCAGGAAUUUAUAAAUGCACUUAAAAUUGCACCUAGCUUGAUUUUGAAAAUGUCCAAGGAUGACACGCUCUGCAGCUGGGACACUCUGGGGCUGGAGGCUGUAGCCAGUUUCAUGAGAAUCAUUGGGGGAGGGUUUCCAAAAGCUGCACAGCCUCCACAUUGGUGUGAGACUGGAGACUAUCUAAGAAGGCAACCAAGAGCGCCAAAGCAAGGGUAGUGUGUGCAGGCCAAACCUCAUUCUCCAAGGGACUGUUAGAAAAAGAAGCAUAAUGUUUUAACCCAUGACGCCACAAGUGAGGCAGCAAAGGGGGCCUGAGGCACGCGCUGCUUUCUCUCCCAAUUACAUACAUCCUCCACUUGCCUUUAACACUCCAGCCCACCUCUGCACUCCUGUCUCUAAACCAAUCUUCCCAACCGGGCGCCAUCCAGCACGUUUGGACUACAACUCCCAUCAGCCCCAGCCAGCACAGCUGAUGAGCGUUGUAGUCCAAAACAGCUAAAGGGCACCAGGUUGGAAGAGGGUGCUCCAAACCCGUGUCAAGUCCUUGGGGGGUUAACCCCGAGGGCAUUUGGCAGAGCAAAGGAAACAGAGCCAGCCAUCCAAUGAGAAGGGGGUCACUGUGGGACUCUUUAUCUUUCGUGCAAUAAAACGUUUUAACAGAGCAAUAGCUUUGGGAAGUUAAUGACGGCGACGCAGCGGUCGCAUCUACUCAAAGGGCUCUGCAAACCAUGGAUAACGUGCAAGUCAGAGCCGACCCGAAAUGGCAGGGGAGGUGAAGGAAAAUAAAGGUUUGCAUCGAUCUUGGGGGGGCUGUUUGCUUUCUGUUGUUCUUUCUGUUUCACAAGCUUUGUAUCUUGCAUUUUGUCUGCGAAAGAAGUAAAGCUGCUGGUUUGACCCAAGUUUCACUUCCAUCUUAGGGCACAUCUACACGACAAAGUUAAAUCACUUGGAAACUAAAUUAAUUCCAUAUUUAACACCUGGAGGGCACAUUUAGCGGCUGUGUGGCUUACUGACUCUCCAGCAGCCUUGCCAAUCUGGCACCCUCCAUAUGUUUUGGACCACAGUUCCCUGGGGCUCAUGAGAGUUCGAGUCCAACAACAUAAGGAGGGCACCAGGCUGGAGAAGACCAAGUUACCCUUUGCUCUAGGGUCACUUGGCCAAAAUAGGUACCUCCACGCACAUCUCCGGAAGUAAGUCCCAUUGAACUCAAUGGGCAUGCCUGAGUAGACAUGGAGUUAUAUCCAACUCAGCCUUAUUCAGGGCAGAUCCACCGACACUGAUACACCUAACUUAGUCAUUUCAUUAAUUUCAAUAGGACUAACAUUGGAUCUCACCCAUGCAUGGGACUGCACUCUUAAGUCAGAUGUUUAACUGCUUGGCCCUGGAAGACUUCACAGAUGGAUGGGCAGGUGGGGGCAAGUUCUUUCCAAGAACAGAAGGCCAAGCAGCAGGUUUGUUUCAGUAUAUUCGUAUUUGCAACAGCUCAAAGGAGGGACAAUGCUGGGCUGAGCCAGACUUUGGAACCGUCUUCUCCAGAGGAACCUUUUUACAAUUCCUCCUCAGUUUCCAGUUUCCCUUUCACCAAGUGUUUCUUCUGCGGGCCCUGGAACGGAAGCAGUAAAAAGCGGCCUCAGAAUCUUAUGGCUACAUUUGCAAGACAAAAGGCAAUUUGCAUCAAGGUUAUGGACGUCAAAGGAUUCUGACAGAAACGGGGACAGAAAUGGCCAAUGUUCACUCAUUUGUCCCAUGCCCGGAACAGAAAUCUCUACAAGCGAGUAUGAUCAGAAUUUGCUUUGUUGUUGCUUUCAGCCCGUAAAUGAUACAUAACUGAUUACAUUCCCCCACACACAUUUUCACUGCAGUGAAAUUAAUGGUAUGGAAUAAUGUAAUGAAAAUAUAA